AGUCUGAUUGGUUGUUAAUUUUGUGAAAAGGCGGAACAUCCGAUCUACUUGAGACAACUGGCCAAUGGCCAACGUGCAUUAUUGGCCUUUUCACUGCUGCAAAUAUGUCGAUAUUCUAUAUGCUUUUAUGCACAAAAAGGAAUCCACCUUUGAAAAAAUCGAUACCUCUCCCUUGAAAGGUACUUCAGUCUUAGUUGCAAUUGGUGUGAUUACUUGUUGCAGCCCAGAGGAUACUGCCAGACGGCAAGCCUUCAUUCCAGACAUCCCAGUUGCAGUGUUAGGUAUGGCAGGAGAGCCCUGCGAAUCCAAAUAGUGUAGAGUCAAUGGAUAAAGAGGGUGCAUAGAAGGUGGAAAAUAUGUCUUACAGUAACAGGGAACUGGUGGUGUUUUUUAUAAGCUAUAAACUGUCCCAGAGAAAUUAUCCAUGUUGUCAGUUGGUGCUGGAGGGUGCAAGUGGGCGGACUGAGGGUGAUGAAGCCAUUGCAAAUGGGUCUUUGGGAAACAACAGGAACGGCAGAAGCAAUUUGGGUAAGCCUUCCUCUCCACAGGGGGGAAUUGAGGCAGUGAAAGCAGCACUACGGGACUCAGUGGAUGAGUUUGAGCUGCGUUACACCCGCGCCUUCAGUGACCUCUCCUCCCAGCUCCACAUCACCCCUGCCACAGCCUACCACAGCUUUGAGAGCGUGAUGGACGAAGUGUUCAGGGAUGGGGUCAACUGGGGUCGCGUGGUGGGCCUGUUUGCUUUCGGCGGGGCCCUGUGCGUUGAGUGUGUUGAGAAGGAUAUGAGCCACCUGGUGACGCGCAUCGCAGACUGGAUGGCCACCUACCUGGACAAUCAUAUCCAGCCCUGGAUCCAGAGCCAAGGAGGAUGGGACCGUUUUGCGGAGAUCUUCGGCAGAGAUGCAGCUGCAGACGUCCGACGGUCCCAGGAGAGCUUAAGAAAAUGGCUGCUAGUUGGGGUGAUGCUGCUUUCAGGAGUACUGGUCGGCACUCUCAUCAUGAAGAAAUGCCAGUGAGUGGUGGAAUAUGAGCUACAUCUACAUUACCCCCAGCACAUAUAAACCCAGCACAUAUAAACGCAAAAUCAAUGAAAAUAGAACUAAUAGUUUGUUUACAUAAGCCCAGUCUGCUUGUGCACUGACAGAAACCUGAUUAGUAGCCCUGGCUAUUGCAGUUUUUGGGCAAUCAAUAUGUAGCUUGGUGAGCUGUUUUACUACUCACGUCUCCUGUCCUGCGCCCUUCUUUUUACAUUUUAAAAGUGAUACGUAUAAUAGCAUUUUAUGAUAUUUUUCAUAUUAUUGGUUUUAUUUUAUUUUCUUUACAUUUUUAAAGGGUGUUGCAUUCAAGACUAGAGAUGCUUUAAAUGGACCUGAUAAGCUAAGAGUGAAUGGGAAAAAUACAGCUUGUGUGAUAGAUUGUUUGUGUGUUACCCUGUAUACCUUAGGACCAACUACAGACAUUCUUUCCAAAUGGACAUUUGACCGAUAAUAUUGAAGAUUCUAAAAUAUUGUUUUUAUUUAGUUUGCUCCAAGAAGUUAAACUAAACCUGUUUUCAUUUGACUUUUUUUUUUAAGUGUUCCGUUCCUUCCUUGCUGUGCUGAAGUUUCAGGCAUGCACUAAAUAAUAAAACAUAUUAAUGUUUUAA